CCUACUCCUUUCAAUUUUUAUCAUAACCUCAAUAAGCUUGUUUGUGUAAUUGCGUGUGUUUUUAAGGAUUUAUUAAUAUUUUGUAAAUAUGAAUUCUAAAGUAAACGAUACAAAACCUAAAAGUAAACAACCUAAUUUACGAAAAAAAACAUCUCCACGAAUUACAAAAAAUAAAAAGGGAAAACUUCCAAGAAAACAACAUGGGUUUGUGUACCUAGGCCACAUACCACACGGAUUCUACGAAGAAGAAAUGCGUUCCUAUUUUGGCCAGUUUGGAAAGGUAAUAAAUGUACGGCUGUACCGUUCACCUCGCACAGGUAAAAGUCAAGGGUACGCUUUCAUCGAAUUUGAACACUCAGAAGUUGCUAAAAUUGCUGCAGAAACUAUGGACAAUUAUCUUAUGUUCAAAAAAAGACUAGAAGCAAAAUUUGUUCCCGCUGACAAAUUAAAAAAUUUGAGAAUGAGUUUUACACCAUCUUGGACGGCGGAAAACUAUCCUCUGAAGGAGAAACGUGAAAGAUUAAACCAAGCAAAGAAUGCAGACCCUGAUCAUGACACAUAUAUCCGACAUUGUCAUAAGUGGAUGAGUUCAGUUCGUAAAACCAUGCUAAAGUUGAAAGAGUUAGGUAUAGACUAUGCAUUUCAGCCGGUUGAUGUACCGGUAGAAUUAAAGAAUGUAUUUUAGGUAAAUAAAUGUUACUUUAUAUUUGA